CGCACAACCGAUUGUGCACGAUUGCUUCGCUCCCACCCCAGACACAGUAGGCGUACAUUACAGUACAGUACAAGUGCAAGUUUGAUCCAUUUACCCAGUCCAAGUCAACCAUGCCGGCCCUGCCUGGGUGGCUGAAGGUUGACGUUUGAGGUUUGGGCUUGUGCAAAGUUUGGGCUUGUGCAAAGUUUUCGGAUGACUCGGCGCGCGAUGUGACCCGAAUUGUGCACAAGCCCCGGCCGAAACGCGCACCAAAAACACGCCAAUCACUUUGCAAAUCCCCGUAGUCAUCAAUCAUGGUGUUAACGUCAUCAACGCCUUGGCAACUUGCACGCAUAGUUUCAAGAGGAUGCACGUCAGCGUCCAGUGGCGCGUGUGUGUCUGCAUUAAUGCAACACGCCAAUGCUUUCAGCACAGAAGCUGCAGCACGGAGCUCGGAAUCUGCUUCCACCUCUGGCCGGGACAGCGCAAAGCCAGCGGAUGGGAAAGGGACCGCCAAGGGCAAGGGUGCCGGUGCUGGCGGGGCAUCCGCUCCAGCCCCCAGCGCAGCAGCCGCGGCGGCCGCGGCAGCGGCCGCCUCCAGCUAUCUCCAACCCAGUCGGCUUGGCCUAUACACGCGGACCAUCCUGCAGCGUGAGCUGAUGCUCAAGCUGCAACCACGCUCGUGGGAUGCGCUGCCACGGCUCACUGCCAUCGAGGUGUCCAUCCCCGCAAUUGAGACGCAGCUCGAACGCGAUGUGGUGGACAAGAGCGAGCUGCUGCUUUACGCGUUGGCUCUGGAGGUGCUGGCGGGCAAGCCGGCGGGCUUCACGGCGCCCGCCAACAAGGCGUUGGGCACGCGGGCCACAGGGGUGGCGGUGCGGCUUGACGCGGUGACGGAGCCGGAGGCCGCCCACCUGUUCAUGGAGAAGCUGGUACACGUGCUGCUGCCGAACCAGGUGGGCUUCGAAGGAGUGCCGCCACCCAUGCUGGUGCCGCCGCCUCGGCGCAGCAAGGCAGCGGAGGCGGCUCAGGCGCGGAAGGCGGCUCUGGACCACCGCAAGGCGCCAGCGAAGGCGCACUUCACAGAGAUCAAGGUGGGCAACCUGCUCACGUACCCGGACUUCGAACAAAACUUCUCGCUUUUCGAGCCGCUGCGAGGCAUGCGCGUGCGGCUGGUGAUGGAGGGUGCCUCCGCCGCCGACUGCGCUGCGUUGUUGGGCGGCAUGUCGCUGCCGGUACUGAGCGGCGCUGCGGCAGAGGCAGCGCUCGCGGAAAUCACGGCGGAGGUGGCGCGGCGAGCGCGCGGUUGAGAGGCAGCAGGUUGAGGGUGCGGGGCGUUCGAGAAAGGGCAGCGGUGGCUGUUACGGGACGCGGCUGGUGCCUGUACAAACCGACCCCAGCUAUGUCAAGGAGAUGAGGUGAUUCCGAAAUCUUCGGCCUCAGACCUGCUUUAGUACGGGUACUAACACAAUUAUUGACAUAAUAAGGGUACGGCUUAGGCUUGAGGGGCUUCUUGCCCUUUUGCGCGUCCGACGCGCAAAAGGGCAAGAAGCACACCGACGAGACCAAGGCCAAGAUAUUGAAGAAGCGCAAGGGUCACGAGCACACCGACGAGGCCAAGGCCAAGAUGUCGGCGGCCAAGGAGCGUCGCGUCUAGGCGCUGCAUGGGAGAGCAGUGACGGGCGGGGGGCCCAGGGGGGGAGCUGUGCUUGAUAGGUGCGGGGUUCAGGUUGAGGGUUUCAAAUGCAGGUGGAGGCUCGGGCCUGGUAGGUGCAGGGUUUAGGCUCGGGCUUGGCAGGUGCCGGAUUCAGAGUUUCGGGCGCUGGAGGUGCAUGGUCGGGCUUGGUAGGUGUGGCUUCGGGGAGCCCACGGCUGGUGUGUGGCCGGAAGCAGUAUCCCGAGCCUACCACAUCCAAGAAACUGACUGGUUGCAGCUGAAUGACCCGCGAGCGGACUGGGUGGCUUGCUGGGUGGCGUGAAAGCUGGCGCGCAGGGCACAACGACUGUAUUACUGACGGGCUUAGAAAUGGAGCGCUUUGCACCAGCUAUAUGUAAUCUAUGACUGGC